AUGGCGUCCAAGAUUGACGGUACCGCGAUUGCCAAGAGCAUUCGCGAGGGCCUGAAGGCCGAGAUUGAGAAGACUCAAGUGGCCAACCCUCGAUUCAAGCCGAGUCUGGUGAUCUUCCAGGUUGGCAAUCGGUCCGAUUCUAGCACCUAUGUGCGCAUGAAGCUGAAGGCCGCUGAAGAGACCAACAUCAUCUGCACCCUCAUCAAUGUCCCCGAAACGAGCACCGAGCUGGAGCUUCUUCAGGAGAUCACACAGGCCAACAAUGAUCCCUCCGUUCACGGUAUUCUGGUCCAAUUGCCUCUACCCGGCCACAUGUCCGAGCACACCAUCACUUCGGCCGUUGCAGACGAAAAGGAUGUCGAUGGAUUCGGCGCGAUCAACAUUGGCGAGCUGGCCAAGCGUGGUGGCCGGCCCUUGUUCGUUCCUUGCACUCCGCUUGCUGUCAUGGAGCUGCUGAAGGCUAGCGGUGUUGACCCCGCGGGCAAGGAAGCUGUUGUUCUGGGCCGUAGUGAUAUUGUUGGCAGCCCUGUCAGCUACCUCCUCAAGAAUGCCGACGCUACCGUCACUGUGUGCCACUCCAAGACUCCUGACAUUGCUCGCGUUGUGAAGAACGCAGACAUCGUUGUCGCCGCCAUUGGCCAGACCGAGAUGGUCAAGGGUGACUGGUUGAAGCCUGGUGCUGUCGUCAUUGAUGUCGGUAUCAACUAUAAGCCCGAUGCGACCAGGAAGUCUGGUCAGCGUCUGGUUGGCGAUGUCGAUUUCGAGUCUGCUUUCCAAGUGGCCUCGCAGAUCACCCCCGUUCCUGGCGGUGUUGGUCCGAUGACUGUGGCUAUGCUGCUGAAGAACGUAGUCCACGGUGCUAAGGCCUACUUUGAGAAGCAGAAGGACCGCCACAUCACGCCUCUGCCUAUUCGACUGCAGACUCCCGUUCCUUCCGAUAUCGCCAUCUCCCGUGCCCAAUGCCCCAAGCAUAUUACCAAGGUUGGUUCUGAGGUUGGCAUUGCUCCCCACGAGCUGGAGCCCUACGGCCACACCAAGGCUAAGGUUAGCCUCGAAGUCUUGGACCGCCUUACCCACCGUCGCAAUGGACGAUAUGUUCUAGUCUGCGGUAUUACUCCGACUCCUCUUGGCGAGGGCAAGUCCACUACUACUCUGGGUCUCACCCAGGCCUUGGGUGCUCACCUGAAUCGCAUUGUCUUUGCCAACGUCCGCCAGCCCAGCCAAGGCCCUACUUUUGGUAUCAAGGGUGGUGCUGCCGGUGGUGGUUACAGUCAGGUCAUUCCCAUGGAUGAGUUCAACCUGCACUUGACUGGUGAUAUCCACGCGAUCACCGCCGCCAACAACCUUCUCGCGGCGGCAAUUGAGACCCGCAUGUUCCACGAGUCUACACAGAAGGAUGGCCCUCUCUACAAGCGGCUUGUCCCCGCCAAGAAGGGCGUGCGGGAGUUCAAACCCAUCAUGUUCCGGAGACUCAAGAAGCUUGGUAUUGAGAAGACCAACCCCGACGACCUUACCGAAGAUGAGAUCCACAGAUUCGCCCGUCUCGACAUCGACCCGGAGACCAUCACCUGGCGCCGCGUUCUCGAUGUCAACGACCGCCACCUUCGUGGUAUCACCGUCGGCCAGGCUCCCACUGAGAAGGGCCAUACCCGUGAGACUGGAUUCGACAUCUCCGUCGCCAGUGAGUGCAUGGCCAUUCUGGCGCUCAGCAACAGCCUGGAGGAUAUGCGCGAGCGUUUGGGCCGCAUGGUGGUCGCUACUUCUCGGAGCGGCGACCCCGUCACUUGCGACGAUAUCGGCGCCGGCGGUGCCCUCGCUGCGCUGAUGAAGGAUGCCAUCAAGCCCAACCUUAUGCAGAGUUUGGAAGGUACCCCCGUCCUAGUGCACGCCGGACCGUUCGCCAACAUCAGUAUCGGCGCCAGCUCGGUAAUUGCCGAUAAGCUGGCUCUGAAGCUGGCUGGUACCGAGCCUGACGAGGACCACGACUCCAAGACCGGAUUUGUGGUCACUGAGGCCGGCUUCGAUUUCACUAUGGGUGGUGAGCGGUUCUUCAACAUCAAGUGCCGCUCGUCAGGUCUGUCUCCCGACACCGUCGUCAUCGUGGCUACAGUCCGUGCUCUCAAAGUCCACGGUGGCGGCCCGGAGAUUAGCCCCGGCGCCGCCCUGCAUGAGAUCUACCGUACCGAAAACGUCGAUAUUCUCCGCGCGGGCUGUGUCAACCUGCGCAAGCACAUCGCCAAUGCCAAGCAGUACGGCGUCCCCGUCAUCGUCGCGAUCAACCGCUUCGAGACCGACACUGAGGCUGAAAUCGCCAUCAUUAAGGAGGAGGCCAUUGCUGCGGGUGCGGAGGAUGCCAUCCCGGCUAACCACUGGGCCGAGGGUGGAGCCGGCGCCGUCGACUUGGCCAAGGGCGUGCUCGCGGCUAGCUCCAAGCCCAAGGACUUCAAGCUGCUGUAUGACCUGAACGGCAGCAUUCAGGAGCGCAUAGAGUGCAUUGGCAAAGCGAUGUACGGCGCGGCGAAGGUCGAGUUCAGCGAGCUCGCCCAGAAGAAGGUUGAUACCUACACCAAGCAGGGCUUUGCCAACCUGCCGAUCUGUAUCGCCAAGACGCAGUACUCGCUCAGCCAUGACCCAGCCUUGAAAGGCGCCCCAACCGGGUUUACUGUACCCAUUCGGGACGUUAGAUUGGCCGUGGGUGCUGGAUAUCUCUAUGCUCUGGCAGCCGACAUUCAGACAAUUCCCGGCCUGCCUACUGCACCGGGCUACCUUAAUGUGGACAUCGACACCGAGACCGGGGAGAUCGACGGACUGUUCUAG